AUCGAUACGAGAGACCUUCUGGCUCCUCGUCUUUACGCUCUCAUCAAUUUCGUCGGUUUUCGAGGCAAAGGAAAGUGGCGCCUCGGAUUUCAAAAUCAGAGAUAGAUUUCCUCUGUCGCUCCCGGCGGAGAACUGAACCCUAAUUAUUCAAGCCAAACAUGAUUCUGAGGACUCCGCCGCCGAAGAAGCUCCGGUCCGACGCCGGAGGCAGCCAAACCCCCACCGGCGCCGCUAGUUCCGGCAAUCAGCUCAUAAUUUACGAAGAUUCUCCUCUUCCUGCUCCGAUUCAAACAGCUUCUCAUGAUCAUUCCGAUCAGUACCUUUGCACCUAUCAAUGCCGCCAAAUGGUUAAAGCUGAUGUUCUAGAUGCCUUAAGCAAAGCAGAGAAACAAGCCCAGGAGUAUCAGACGAAAUUACAGACUCUAAAUGAGAAUUUCAGCGAAGCAGACGCAGAAAGAAAGCAAUUACGAGAUAAAUUCUUAUACUCAGAGCAAGAACUUGCUGCUGCCAAGGGGCGUGAAAAGGUGCUUCAGGAGCAGCUCUUAAGCGAGAUCAACAAUUCUCAAGAGCGGUACACAAAAGAACUACAAUCUUGCCAUGAACUGGAGGUAAAGCUUCAAAAUGAAACAAACCUUCGAAAGAAAGCCGAGUCUUCUGCUGCAACAGCAGAAGAAAAAGCUAAACUCUUGGAAGAAAAACUAAGUCAGGUUUCUGGUAGUGUGGACAGGGAGAAAAAACGUCUGAACAAUGAUAUCGCCCACUUGAGUAAAGAAGCAAAGCUUUCUGUAUCUAGAAUUGGUGCAGAUCUUGAAAAGAUGCGAUGUAGAGCACAAAGUGCCGAGAAGGAAUCAGAUCUCUUAAGAUCACAGCUGGAGCAUUUUAAACAGAAAUUAGACGAGUGUUUGCAUGAAAAAACUGAAGUAGACAAGAAGUUUUCGUCGUUCAUUUCCCAAGCAGCAUCUCCAUCAGAUAACAGUAUUUUGGUAAAAAAUCUCCAGGAGGAACUUAAGCGCUAUGAAGCUGAAGUGCGAGAAGCUAGAAAGAUUAAAUCACAGCAGUUAGAUGCAGAGCUGUUGAAAGAGAAAUUUUUGGAAGAAAAAAGGCGUAGGGAGAGGGCAGAAUCAGAGUUAUCAAAAAUGCAUGAAUUGCAGCUAAGCAUGGACAAGGUGGAGAAUGAAUUGUCUUCUUGGAAGUCAUUGCUAAAUGACAUUCCUGGUGUAUCCUGUCCUGAUGACAUAAUUAUGAAAUUCUCGGCGCUGCAAAAGGAGGUGCUUGAUAGCACUAUGAAGAUUGGGGAAGCAAGUACACGUUUUAAUCAAUUGGGGGCGGCUCUGGAUGCUACACAACUUGACAGGCAGAAUGCUGAAACUGAGGCUGCACUAGCUAAAGAGAAAUAUGAGGCACUCAAAUCAGAUGUGAAGAGGAUUGAAGCAAUGCUUUCUUUAGUCACAGAGGAGAAAGAACAACUAAAAGCUGUUGUUAGUGAACUAAGGAAGUCCAACAGUGAAGGACCUGUCUCCGGGGCCACAGAUGGAACCCUUGUUCUGGGGUUUGGAUCUGCUCUCGCAAAGGAGGAGAGCUAUCUUAAGGAUUUAGAGAAUGAUCUAAGUCAACUGAAGGAUGUCAAUAAUCGUCAACGGAAUGAAAUAGAACUGCUAAAUGAAAAACUAGUCAGUGAAGCAAGGAGAAAUAAGUCGCUGGAAAGGGAUGGCGAUCGUCUUCGCUCUGAGAUCUCUUUGCUCGAGUCAAAGUUGGGUCAUGGAGAUUUUUCUGCUGCCAAUACAAGGGUUUUACGCAUGGUGAAUACUCUUGGUGUCGAAAAUGAGGCAAAACAAACAAUAGAGGCUUUACAGGCUGAGUUACAGAAGACAAAAGAAAGACUUCAAGCUGUUGAAGAAUUGAAGAGUCAGUCUGGAGAUGCUGGUAAGCUAGUUGACUCCCACAUAACUGGAAAAAUUGCUCAACUAAAAGAGCAAGUUGCUACGCUUGAAAAACGUGAAGAGAGGUACAAAACUGUUUUUGCUGAUAGAAUUUCCGUGUUUAGAAGGGCUUGUUGCGAGCUUUUCGGUUAUAAGAUUGUAAUGGACGAACAUCAGCGUCCCAAUGGAAUCCCAGUUACUCGGUUUACUCUCCAGUCUAUAUAUGCUCAAAGCGAUGACGAAAAACUCGAAUUUGAAUACGAAUCAGGAAACACCAGUAUUCUGGACAAUCAAUACACCUCUCAGGGUGAGAUAGCGAAGCAGAUAGAGAUAUUCAUUAGGAAGUUCAACUCGAUUCCAGCUUUUACAGCUAAUCUAACGAUGGAAUCAUUCAACCGCCGCACGCUAUAUUGAGAGCGUCGAGUCAUUAUUCGCAACCCGUUUUUUUUUUCUUCUUGUAUAUGUAUAAAUCCCGCUGAAUAGAAACACGAAAGCGAAAAGCUGCAGCCUUGAACAGGACCUAUCUAUUAUCUAUCUCUGUGAUUCGGCUAUCCCUGUGAGAAUGUGUGGUGUCAGUAACUCUAUUUUUGGUAUGUAAGAAAAAUGGCGUGGAUAUUGUCAGAAAGAACAUAAGUUUGUUCUCGAUAAA